CCUAUUGUGAAUUGUACCGAUUGCAAUCUAUACUAACUCUUUUUUAAAUUAAUUAUAAACUUAAUUUAAUUAAACUUGUUCCAGUUGUAGUUAUUUAUGAGAAGGCAAUGUUUAUAUCUUCUUUUCAGAAAUCCAGUUGCUCUACAUGAAUUCUUUGAAGUAUGCCACUGUAAAAAAUACAAGUAUCAAAUAGUUAGCUUUACUACUACCUUAUAUUGAAUGGAAUCAGGAUAUUUUUUCUUCGAUAUGAACAAUAAAAAUAGAAACUUAACGAGAGAAGUUGCUGAAAAUUGUUGUCGAACAUGUUUAGAACAGAAAGAUUUAAAACCAAUUUUUGCUAUAAAUUAUGAACGAAAACCAGUUGCAGAUCUAUUAUUUUAUUGUAUAGCUUUGAAGGUUGAAGAAAACUAUAAAUUACCUGAUAAAAUAUGUUCUUCCUGUUUUGGAGAAUUAAUAAGAAUUUUUGCUUUUAAGCAAAAAUCUCAUGCAACAACUAAAAUUUUAGAAAAUUGUUUAAACAAAUUUGAAGCAGAAAAAAUUAGUAAACAAGAAAAAUUAGACAAAGAAACAAAAGCAGGUGAUUCAGAAGAAAUUUUGAUAGAACCGCAAUUGAGGAAAACAAAUAAAUUAGAUAAUAAUUUUUCAUAUUCUACAAAUGAAUCAAAAUCCCUUAUUGAUUUAUCAGAGUUUCAGCUUCACUUUAAGAAGUCGGUUAAAUCUAGAUCAUUAACGUGUAAAGUUUGUACUAUGGAGUUUGGAGAUAGUAAUAGCUUAAAAACUCAUAAAAAAGAAAUGAAACAUGUAGAUGUGAAAAAUCAUACAUGUCUUGUUUGCAAUAAAACAUUUACUAAAAGUAAACUGAAGCAACAUAUGAGAAUUCACACAAAAGAAAAACCAUAUCAAUGUAAAAAGUGUUUUAAAAGAUUUUCAAUGGUAUGGAACUUAAACAGGCAUAUGAUGGGACACACAGGGGAAAAGCCUUUUAUAUGUGAUAUUUGUGGAAAAGGUUUUAUUCAAGCAAUAACACUUGUAGAGCAUAAAAGAACUCACACUGGAGAUGCUCCCUAUGUAUGCAGUUAUUGUGGAAAAAGAUUUAUACGUUCGUCUCGUCAUAAAGCUCAUUUAAAGGUGCACCUUCUGGAAAGACAAAAGCACCUCAAUGGAGGAGAUAAUAAUCCGAGCGAUAGUUUUCACGAAGAAAAUAGAUGUCCAACUUGUAGUAGACUUUAUGCAAGUAAAGGAACAUUGAGAAUGCAUAUGUUGAGACAUGGAGAAAAGACACUGUUAUGCAGUGACUGUGGAAAGAAAUUUUAUACAAAAAACAAUUUAAUAUCCCAUAGUAAAGUCCACAAAGGAGAAAAAUUAUAUGUGUGUAAAGAAUGCAAUAAGACAUUUACGUUUUCAAGUGCCCUGAAGACACACAUGCUAGUACAUACCUCUCAAAAGCCUUAUACUUGUAAAAUAUGCUCAAAAUCAUUUAAACAACACCAUCACUUAAAAUACCAUUUGAGAGUACACAGCGGGGAAAAACCGUAUAGCUGUACUUGUUGCGGUAAAACUUUUGCUUUGAAUACAAAUUUAACCGUUCAUUUACGAACACACACUGGGGAGACACCCUAUGUUUGUAGCGUUUGCGACAUCGGUUAUAAUCGUUUGAACAAUAUGAAGGUACAUCAAGCAACACAUAAACACGAACAACGGACUGUGGACGAUUUCCUUAAAGUUAAUACAGCUCCCAAGGAUUUUGCUACAUGAAUUGUUGGUUUUAUGAAUUAUAUUUAUGCUAUUUAAGUCACCCAGUUCAGCAAAUAUUGUCUGGUUUUCUUGUAUUUCUCAAAUGUUUUGAAAUGAAGUUAAUGAAUAAGAAAUGGACAACAAUACAUUUUUAAUGAAAUGAAUUACACUUCAGAUUUAAAUGAACAUAAUAAAUAUACAAAAGUAAGUCAAAAGGUAAAAAAAGUUUCAUUAUUAGCGACCUAGACAUCUUAAUAAUUUAACUAACACUGACUAGUAAAUUCUGCAAAUAUUGAUUGCUAGAACAAUAAUAAUGGAAGCCUUUAUUUAUCAAUUUGCUUAUUAAUUGUUUUUUUAA